AUUUUACCCAGAGUACACCGGGAAACGGGCAGAGGAACAUGGCGCUGGGUCGAUGAGGAGGACGCUGAGCAAUUCAGGAUUAUAUUCCGUGGAUAUUUCGGAGAUCAUGCUGAAAUCCUAAAAUGAGAAUGUGAAAUGGUUUCACUUCCGAAAUCUUGGAUAUCUACCACUGCCCCUUUGAUGAAUAAUAGGAAAACGCCUCUCAGGAAUACCUGCAAUUGCAUUCAUAAACAUUUUUUUAGGACUUACAACCCCUGAGCAUUGUUUUGUAUUCCCAAACGUCACAUUUUCAUCUAAAUAUUACAUGGGAAAAUGGCUGAGAGAAAUAAAAUGAUUAUAGAGGUCCCACAAGGAGUUGAUAGACUUCGAGUGGAGCAUAAAAAGGUGGUGCAAGGCUGCGAAGGUCAGAUCCAGCACUGGGCGAAGGUAAAGGGUGACUAUGAAACCCUCGAGGAUCGACUCAAAACUCUUCCAGAUCAGGUGUCCUAUGACAUCAUGGUGCCAUUUGGCCCUCUGGCCUUCAUGCCUGGGAAGCUGGUCCAUACCAAUGAGAUCACCGUGCUGCUGGGGGACAACUGGUUUGCAAAGUGCUCUGCCAAGCAGGCCCAGAAGCUCGUGGAGCACAGGAAGAAACAUGUAAAUAGUGCGCUGGAUGACUUGCACAAGACGAGGAAGGACUUUGAAGCCAGAGUUGGGUUUACAGAGGAUCUAGAAAAACUCUCAGGCGCUAAAGGGGACUAUGUGGACAUCAGAGAAGAGGUUGGAAGUAUUGAAGAAAUGGUCAGCAAAGGAAAGCUGCGUGUGGCUCUUAAGCCCCACUCUAAGCCCAAGAUGGAGGCUGUUGUGAAGAUAGAGGAGGAGGAGGACAAAGAGGGCAGUGGAGAGGGAGAUGGAGGGAGCAGGAGAAGAGUGCUGUCUGAGGAGGAGCUAUGGGCCAGACUGGAUGAGCUGGAAGCGCAGGAGGAGCAGGAAGAGGAGCAACACCGACGGUUUGACAGUGCAGACACCAAUGGCAACGAUGACACAACAUCCUCUGAGGAAGAGAAGGAGGGAGAUAGCGGCAGCCAUCAUCGUGUCAAUGGACAUGAUGAGAGGAGCAAAGGCAGGGCGUUUGUGCCUUACAAUGGCAGCCAACUCAACAGUACAGCUCAGUCAAACAGGGAGGGGGAGGAGGAGGAAGAUGAAGCAGAGGAGGAGGAAGGCGACUGUUUGCCUACCAUCUAUUUCUCUCAUACGGUGGAACCUAAGAAGGUGAGGAUAAACACAGGGAAGAACACCAUGUUGAAGUUCAGUGAGCUGAAAGAACAGAAGCAACAAGCCAAGAGGAAAAAGAAGAACGGCACCAGCAACGGUCACUCUCACCACGGGCUCCACAACAUCACUACGCCCACAGACCUCUACAGGUUGUUUGUGGAUGUGAAGAACGGCGAGCCCAUCCCCAGGAAGUCAAUCCUGAAGUCCCGGAGCAGAGAGAGCAGUGUGUGUAGUGACACCAGCGAGAGCAGCGCUGCCGACUUCGAGGAGCGGCGGACGUUUGGACGCACUCUGAGCCAUGACGAGAACACAUACAGCGACACCAGUGACGGCAUCACGGAGGAGGACAGCCCCACCGGGGUCCUCCUACAUCCCACCAGCAGCUUUCAGGCCUUUUCAGGCACGGUGGUUGAGAAGGAGCCCAUUCCCUUGUCGAUCCCCCAAUUCACCAUUGCUCUGCCAGCGCUGCCCACCAUCCCAGAGAGGAAACUGGAGGAGGUGGCCCCCGAGGUCCCCCAAGAGGCCCCAAAGAGGGUGUCCAAGUUCAAAACUGCCCGGCUGAAGCAGAAGUGACCCAGAAGAGCCAGUCUCCAGGAUCCCCACUACGGGCUCCUUUUUUAACAUUGAUUUUCUAUGCCAACACUUUUUUGAGUUGGACAGACCGUGAACCCACCCUAUGAUCUGCCAUCCCUCUUCUUUUUUUGGCAUCACUCUUCAAGCCUCUCUUCUUCUCUUUCAUAAUGCUUUUCCAAAAAAAGCAUAACUUUGUUGAGAAAGCAACCCAACACACUCACUCUUAACCAUUUACCUGCCUUGUAUAAUGGAACAUCAAGCUUUUUAGCAAAUAGCCCCAUUAUUUAUGAAUUAGUACUUCACCGCAAUAUGUUUUUAAGUAAAGAGGUAGUUUAUUUAGAGCCCUCAUCCUCCAACAUUAUGGCCCUACAUUAGUCAACACUGCCUAGGUGCGCAUUUUAUGGUGGUUGAUCUUGUGUCAGUGUCUUGACUAUACUCUGACAAAGCCAGUAGUUUACAACUCUAUUCAUUGUUUGAUCCAUGAUUUUGCCUGCUAUGCUAAGAUGACAUACUCUGCAUCAUUCAAUUUAUUUUUGCCUUUUCCUUUCUUCAUUAUUCUACGACAGGGUCAGAUGUCAACUUCCCUUUAUUUCCUCAAAUCCCCUUGUACUUGCCUAUUGAAUGUAUGUCCACCUCUGUGACCAGCUUUAUGUCAAAAAUAAAUUGUUGUAAACUGGAAUUAAAAUAAAAGAUUUUUGGACAAA